CUUAUCAUGGCAGUGCCACGUUCCGUUGUCACCAAAUCCAGAUUAAUCUUGACGUACGCUAAGCUCCGCCUUGUCCCUGACUUCAGCCGCUUUCAGUCUAAAUAAAUGGGAUCAUACCGAUCCAGAUAGGCGGGGUGCAUUUACCAUUGCAUAGGCAUAUGUGGGGGACCAAUCAUUGCUUUGGUAAUUUACCUCUUUUCAUUACCAAAAACUUGGUUCGCUCCUACUCAUGCUCCGCUAUCUGACGAGAACUACAACUGCCGAUGGUCGUAAUAGGUAGGGGAGCUUUGAUGUUCGGCGACGGCUAAUGAAGGUAACUUUUGGAGGACUGAGCUAGAAUAGACAUUAUUAUGACGUGGUGAAGGUAGACUCGCCUAUAUAAGCUGCUUCCAUGCUUACUAGAAGGUAAGAGCCCGCUGGAUUUACCUUACACCAGUCAGCCAUCUUUCCAUGAAAAGAACACCAUACAAUGGGUUUUAUUGCUCGAAUUUUCGCAGCCGCAGUGCUCCUUGCCAGCCGUAGCAUUGCGGUCCCAAUCGCCAAAACCUCCAGGUAUUGCGAUGCAGCUACAGGUGUAUGCUACUCGGAAGCCACGGUCGGAGUAGCUCCAAUCGUAUGGCGUAUCGCUAUACCGGCCGUUGAGCAGGCACCUUUCGACAUGCUCUUCCAAGUGGUGGCUCCAAAGACAGUCGGUUGGACGGGUCUAGCCCUGGCUGGUGGGAUGCUUUACAACCCGAUAGUCGUGGGAUGGCAGAAUGGAAACACAACAGUCCCAACCGCUCGGUUUGCGACUGCCCACAUUCAGCCCGACGUAUACGAUGUGGUGAAGCAAAGUACCCUUAAAGGGUCAUCUGUGAACGAGACUCACUGGACGUUGACUUCUGUCUGCCAGGGCUGUAGCACAUGGGUUCAUAAUGGGGGCGCUAAGGAAGCCCUCGACCCUGGUGCAACAGCGGCAAGCUUCGCUUGGGCAGCAGCACCUACACCUCCAAUUGACCCUUCCGAUCCCACUUCACCUAUAGGAUUACAUACGGAACACGGCCUUUUCACAAUAGAUUUGUCAGCUGCUAAAUCUGAUCAGUUCGACGCCUGGGUCAAGCAACUGAGUUAAACUGCCUACGAGGUUGCGACAAGAAAUUGUACGAUUGAAGCGCACUUAUGUUACAGAUAAGACGUUGUUAAGAUAUGGGCUUCUUGAAGUAUUCAUCUAGAAAAAUUGCGAGUUGAUAUACGUAUAUCGAUUAAAGGGGUAGAUAGGUACGUAGGUACUUAAAUAAAUAGGGG